AUGGCAGAGUUCGUACGAGCCCAGAUAUUUGGGACAACUUUCGAGAUCACCAGCAGGUAUACAGACUUGCAACCCGUGGGCAUGGGAGCCUUCGGCCUUGUCUGCUCUGCAAAAGAUCAAUUGACGGGCCAGUCGGUGGCGGUAAAAAAGAUCAUGAAGCCGUUCUCUACACCGGUGCUCGCGAAGCGCACCUAUCGAGAACUCAAACUGCUGAAACAUCUUCGACAUGAAAACGUCAUCUCUCUCAGCGACAUCUUCAUCUCCCCACUUGAAGACAUCUACUUCGUGACUGAACUCUUGGGCACUGAUCUUCAUCGCCUCUUGACAUCGAGACCGCUCGAGAAGCAAUUCAUCCAAUACUUCCUCUAUCAAAUCCUACGAGGCUUGAAAUACGUUCAUUCGGCUGGCGUUGUCCACCGAGAUCUGAAGCCAAGCAAUAUCUUGGUCAAUGAAAAUUGCGACCUCAAAAUCUGCGAUUUUGGUUUGGCUCGAAUCCAAGACCCUCAGAUGACGGGAUAUGUCUCGACCCGGUACUACCGAGCCCCCGAAAUCAUGCUUACCUGGCAGAAAUAUGACGUGGAGGUGGACAUCUGGAGCGCUGGUUGCAUCUUCGCCGAAAUGUUGGAAGGCAAGCCAUUAUUCCCGGGCAAGGAUCACGUCAACCAGUUCUCCAUCAUCACUGAGCUGCUUGGUACCCCUCCCCAGGAUGUGAUCGAGACCAUCUGCAGCGAAAACACCCUCAGAUUUGUCCAAUCUCUACCCAAACGAGAACGACAACCUCUGAGUGCGAAAUUCAAGAAUGCCGAUCCUUCCGCCGUCGAUCUUCUGGAGAAGAUGUUGGUGUUCGACCCCAAGAAAAGAGUGUCGGCAGCCGGUGGUUUGGAGCACGAGUACCUUUCUCCAUAUCACGAUCCAACGGACGAGCCAGUCGCCGACGAGAAAUUUGACUGGUCGUUCAACGACGCCGAUCUUCCGGUGGACACUUGGAAGAUCAUGAUGUACUCGGAGAUUCUCGACUAUCAUAAUAUCGACAACCAGGAGACCGAGAUGGGAGGCAAGCCCUUGACCGUGGAACAAGCUCAGGCGGUGAACAGUCAGGUAGUCUAA